ACAGGUAUUCUAUUUUCCCGAUGCCAAGCUGGUGGUUGUUCAACCUCUAUGGUUGAUGAGUGACAUCACAGGGAAGUUCUACUCCCCAAGUUCAUAUCCUCCACCAAUCAUUAUCUGUGAUGAUUUUGGAUUCGCUUCACGCAGCCAUGUCAUUGAAGUACUGGCUAAAGAUUCACCGGUGCGUGGUGAAGACGCUCUCGACAUUGCCGUUCGCCUAGGUAUGUGUCAUGUAACCGAGGAUGGUGAGCAAGUCAUGAUUCUUCCUGCACAGGCUGAAUCACGCACUAGUCUGCACUGGGAGAAAGCCAACCCCGACCAGCACAUCUACUACACUGGUCGCCGUCUCUACUGUAAGUCUGGCAUCCCUGUCAGCGCAGCGUUGAUGCCCACCAUACAAAUGUCACUCGUCAACUCCUUCGCCAACAGGACACGCAAGUUUCCUGUUUGGCAGGGAGGUGUUCGUGUUUCGCUAACUCACUACGGGAACACAGACACACUGGUGGAGAUCCCACACGGUCAACUCGCGCUCAACAUCAUAACCAGAGGGCCCGACCAGCGUAGCGUGACUUCUCAGCAGGAAAUUGUCUGGGAUUACAUCUCUGCUCUUCCUCGCCAACAAUCUCCUGGUUCUGACAUGUCAACGGCGUUCGUUGAUGAUGGGUGCCUGCCGAGUAGCGAUCUUCUGCGACAGCGGGAUCAGCAAGGAGACCUGAAUGCUGCCAUGGAGUUCCUUGCCAGUGAGCGACUGCGUGCUCAGUUUGUCAUGCCUGAUGAGCGGGAGCCCGACACAAGAAAAAACCAUCCAUAUGCUGUGUCCGCAAGCUGCUUUAAUGCAGAUACGGUUUCGGAACGCCGAAGAGCCGCACGUCUUUGCUCGGCCUUCUACCAGCAUCGCAUUCUCCUACGCCACGACUUUCCACUACACGACUGUCUUCUCAAACUGAACGAAUGUGGACAGGUGAAUAUAUCCUUCCUGGAUGACGUGGACGAACAUCUGUGGAACCGUCAGACCAAGAUGGCUACUGAUCUGUUUCGUGGGUCGAUUUCCAACUUGCCUGACAGCGUGGUGCUAACCCUGGUCGAUGAAAUCCUUCCCAAGAUAGCCAGUGCCAAAGAUUUGUAUCAGGCAAUGCUGGAGUGUCCAGGGCGGGUCCUCUGUACUGUCAGCCCUAGUGAUAGCCACUCCACGACUGCUGCUUCUGAUGACGUCGCCAGCCCAGCAACUGACGAGUACAAUCCCUGGGACCAUCCAGAUUUCUGCCUGGACAAGUACCGAAGAUGGAUUAUCUCACUGGACCCAAGAACGUUCCGAGACAAAGUCAUAGCACGGAGGCUUCUUGCAGACAACCUGAUUAUCAGGCACUUCAGGGCACUAGAAAAGAGUGCUGGCCCAAAUGUACACAACGAGGAACUGCUGCAGCACCUGCAGGGGUGCGGGCGGGCAUCGUUCAUCAUCUUCUUAGACAUCAUCACAGACAUGAACUCACUCUUCGCAUUCAAGCGUACUGAGUUUGAGGCUCUCCUUGAUCGGCCAUGAUGCCUCUGUUGUCAUGACUACCCGGGCGAUGUUUCUCUGGGAUCUUCCGCUACUGCUGACUUCCAGUUGUCCAUUAGAUUUGUAUCGAUCGUCUCCACUUGGACCUACUCUGUGAAGUAUAGGUCCAGGAUGGAUUGAUGAUAAGCUGAUGUAUUAUGAUUUCCUGUAUGUAGUUUAUAGCCGCGUUUCAACAGACGUUUCUCCAGCUCGUUCUCUUGAGAUGGUUUCACUGUCCUUGAUGUCUUCCUGAUGAGAAAAUAUUUCCGCCAACAUGUAUUCUGUUUUCUCUGGCAAGUGCCACAGUUGUGCAUGGCUGUUCACUGUCCACAAGUUCAUGAUGAUGAUGAUGUCAUGCCCAUAGUGAUGAUGUCAUGCACUAAUCCAUGUUUUUAUGCCCAUAAUGAUGAUGUCAUGCACUAAUCCAUGCUUUCAUGCCCAUAGUGAUGAUGUCAUGUCCCAUAGUGAUGAUGUCAUGCCCACGUCGUUGAGCAACACUCCUUAUCUAUUUUACUAUACUCAAAUCCCAAUUGGAGCUCUACAUUUUGUAUUCACUCUUGUCUUGUAUUACCAGCUCAGUCCACUGGACAGUGAGCACUCUGAACAGCCUGAUGAUGCACUCAUGCACAUAGAAACUUGUACUUAUACCUACUUCUGAAGUAUGUACAUGAUUGUAUUUAGCACAUAGACACCUGUACUUCCAUACAUGUAUUUUACAUACCCAGUGGUUCAUCCCUCCGCCUUCUGUUGAUUCCCUACUAUCCCCCUCUGGCCGCUGAUGAGCCCUGGGAUUGAUAUUCUAUGUCGCUGGCAGUUGAUUUUAUAUUAUUGGCCCAGUCAAUGCUGGAGAGCCAUUCUGUAUCUUCUGUUAGCUCUGUCAAAUAGUCAUUGCCUUUACCACAUUCUCCUGGACUAAUGUAGUGCCUGCCCAAUGAAAUCAUCCUGUCGUGGGAGUCAAGUUUGCACCCUGCUCCAGUGAA